AUGGCUUUCAACAAGCCCAAAAGCACAUCUUUGUUAGCACAGCAGUAUCCUUACAGCUCUAUCAGAUCAUCAAAUGGACCACCUAAUGCAGGCGCUGGUCAGUCCUCGCCUAGCCAGAGAAAUGCCUUUCGCAACAACCAAGCAAACGCUGGCAGCCCUGCCGUGGCCACGAAUGCAAAUGCAACAGCAUACAGAAACACGAGCUCUCCUGUUGCUUCGCCCACGGCUCAACUUCAACAACAGGGAUCGUACACUAACAGUAACCACUUCCAUUCUCAAGAUAUCGUGGCAGGCUUGACACAGCCAAACUACAACAGCAACGGAAGUAAUGCAGUCGACAUCAGCCGGAUGGUACAUACUAACGCCACAGGGACGAAUAACGGGAGCGAUCUGCCUACUUUGCCGCCUUUGAAUUCGCCAUCCCCUCACAUGAAGGCAAGUAAUGGAGCGCAUCAUCAGCAAUCACAGCAGCAGGAGAAGUGGAUGGCAGAGAAAAAUAAGAGAUCUCCCAUGAUACCACCACCACCCUUAACAACGUCUACAGCACAGUUAGGUCAACAACAACAUGCAGAUCCAACCGUCUUGAUGCAAUAUCGAACUAUGCCUACCAACAUGAGAGACGACCGUGGUAGUCGAGUCAUGUCCACAUCAGCACCUUAUCCUCAAAAUCCACAACAAAGACAACAAUUGCAGCAGCAGCAGCAGCAGCAGCAGCAGCAGCAUCAACCGCAGCAAACAACACAACAAUCAGCCAAUCUGUUCAACAGCAAUGGUGAGAUUGAAGCAUAUGGGUGUGGUGUGGUUGGAUGCUUUGCUACUUUUUCAGCAUCCAAUGGGUUAUUUUAUCAUAUGAAAAGCGCUCAUCCCAAUGCAGAGGAGGUUUUCAAGCCCUAUCGAUGUGCUAUGCCAAACUGUCCAAAGCGAUACAAGAACAUCAAUGGGCUGCAAUAUCAUCUACGUGAAGCCAAAGGGUCGUCGGGGCAUGGUAACCUAACAGCUGAGGGUGAUACUGCCAACGCUAAACCUUAUCAAUGCCAAGCGCCUGGUUGUAAGAAAGCCUAUAGAACUGCGAAUGGGUUACGUUACCAUCAAGAGCAUGUCCAUCAGCAACAACAACAACAACAACAACAACAGCAGCAGCAGCAGCAGCAACAGCAACAACAGCAGCAGCACCAUCAACAGUUUAUUGAAGCUGCUGCUCUUCAGAGACAGCAAAUGAUGCAACAAACACCUCCACCUCACUUACUGCAUUUGCAACAACAACAACAACAAGCUAUGAAUCAAGCUCAUGCUCAACAGCAAGCCAUGAAUCAGGCACAGGCGCAAGUCAUGAGUCAACCUCAUUCUUCUCAAUCAACACAAUUAGGACAGCAGCAACAAUAUAGCUUAUCCCGUGAAAAAUGGCAAUUGAACAAUAACAUCUAG